AUGCUUCAAUUCAUUCAAAAACGACAAUCUUUCCAACAUUUUCAUAUUCCUCAUAUUCUUUCUAUUUAUUCAUUAAGACAAUUAGAUACAUCAGAAUUUUUAAAAGAUGGAGGUGUUUUAUUAGGAUUUGAUUUAACAGCAACUCAAUUAAUUGGUUAUAACUGUUUACCAUUACCAUCACCAAUAAAUCCAUCAUUAAUUAAUUAUCAUUUCAAUAUUAUAAUAUCUUCCUUUUUUCCUCCACAUCCUUUACAUUUCUUUUCACUUCCAAUUCUUCCUUCAAUCAUUCACACUCCUUCUCUACCAAUACAAAUUAUUACUUCAUUAAAUAGAUAUCUUAUUUAUCAUUUCUCUUCUAAUACUCUUCAUCUAACUAUACUAACACCAAAUGCUCAAUCUAUUCCUUGUCAUUUUGUUGUUCAUUCUAUUUCACAACCAUUUUCUUUUCUUCAAUCUAAGAAUACUAUCACUUUAAUUACUUCAACACAUAUUCUUACUAUCUUUUUAAAAGGAAUAUCAUUAAAAUAUGAUCAACAAAUCAAUGGUAAUCAUAAUAUACUUUCUAUUGAUUUAAAUUUACUUAAAACAAUUAUAAAUGUAAAUGGAUUACAAUUUAAUAACCAAUCUAUUCAUAAAAUUACUCACACAACUUCAUUACCAAAACAUAUUAUUUUACCAUUUUUUACAACAAAGAUUUCAUAUCAAACAAUAAGUCUUGAAGGAAAUUCAAUUAAAGAAUAUAUUCUUUUACAACAAUCAAAUAAUAUACAAUCAUUUUCUGAAACAAAAUAUAAAACAUAUCAAGAAGCAAAAAAGGAAUGUAAAUUAAAAAUAAUUAAACAUUAUCAAAAUGAAAAAUUAAUUCAUCCAAAACGUUAUGAAUGUGUUUUAUCCAAUGCAUCAACUUUUUCUGAAAAUACUAUCUCAUACCUUAAACAUAAAAAUGGAACGAUUUUAACUUUUUAA